AUGGAACAUCUCAAUGGGCCCCAAAUGACGUCAGAGACCGCCAGCACUGCCAGCGGCGAUGGUGGCAAACUGGAGUCUCAGAUGUACCACCAACUUCGGAAGCUGAUUAAUGUUGUGGACGAACUCCGGGACUGUGGCGUGCAGCAGUGGAUUCAGUUGCCUCGCAUUUGCGUUUUAGGAACGCAGUCAGCAGGAAAAAGUUCAGUUCUUGAAGCUAUUGUCGGCGUCGAUUUUCUUCCUAGGGGAGAUGGAGUUGUUACGAGAAGGCCGCUGGAGCUGCGGCUUGUUCAUUUACCGGAGUCUGAACACGGGCCUGAAGAGGCCUUCGCUGUCUUCGACAACUGCAAGGACAGGAAAUUCAAGAAUUUUGACGAAGUCCGCUCGGAGAUUGAGCGGCUAACUGAUGAAGUCGCUGGCAAGAAUAAAGGGAUCGUCGAUUCCCCAAUAGUAUUGACUGUAUACGCCACACGCUGUCCUGACCUGUCUUUAAUUGACCUUCCCGGCAUUACCCGCGUGCCACUGAAGGGCAGUGACCAGUCAGACGACAUCGAAGCACUGACUCGGCAGAUGGCUCUCAGAUACGCAGCAGACCCUCGCACUAUAAUUUUGGCGGUUUUACCAGCCAAUGCGGACAUGUCGACUUCCGACGCACUGCAGUUGGCCCGGCGAGUUGACCCACGCGGUGUGCGUACAAUUGGUGUCAUCACAAAGGUUGAUCUUAUGGACAAUGGAACGGACGCAUGCAAGAUGCUUUUGGGCGAGGAAAUUCCUCUUCGACUCGGUUACACAGGAGUCAAGAACCGAUCUCAAGCAGACAUCAAGGCAGGGAAGAGUGUGCAGAGUUGCCUGGAAGAUGAGCGACAGUACUUUAAGACUCAUCCAGUGUAUGGGCACAUGGGUUCCCAGUACUGGGGCAUCCCUUCUUUGGUGGAGAAGCUGACCCGUGUACUGUUUUUGCACAUAAAGCACGUGCUGCCUGAAAUAAGAAAGGAAAUACAACUCAAGGCUCGGGGAGUGCAAUCGCGGAUCCAAGAACUGGGAGAGGGUGUCCCCUCUGAGUCGAGGGACAGGGCCCAGCUGCUCUGGACAGCCAUCACCGACUACGUCGAGGUGAUAAAGAGCGCUAUAAGGGGGAAGUAUGACAAGCGCCUGCAGAAGUACUUUGACCAGGAUCAGUGCCUGACCAUUGGAUCGUGCAUUCGACACGAGUACACAAGUCUCCUUGAUGAAUACUGCGACAGGAACAUCUCGGACGACAUAACGGAUAGCCAGGUGGAAACGGCGAUACGACUUCACGAAGGAGAGUCUCUCCCGGGGUUUCCAUCUCCGGAUACUUUUGAGCACCUCAUUCUUCCUUACCUGAAGAAGCUCUCUCCCCCGGUCAUGGAUUGCCUAGAUCGCGUGGCGCAGACGUUGGAGAGUCUGGCGCAGCGUGUGGCGGAGAGGGUCUUUUGUCGCUUCCCAGCCCUAGCAGAGCGCGUCCUAGAAAUAUCUCAGGAGAUAUUGAUAAGAGAGAAAGAAGCAACGCGGGAAAUCCUGCAGCACGAUGUUGACGCAGAAAUGGGCUACUUGUUUACGAACGAUGAACGAUACCUUCAAGACCACGGCACGAUGAUUACGCAGCAGCAGCUGACUCUGGAGCAGCUGCAGCAGCAGCAGCAGCUGCUGCAGCAGCACCAGCAGAUGGGCAUAGGGCCGGACGGGCGUCCUUUGCAACAGCCUUCUCAUGCUGAGCGGGCACAGCAGAUGCUGCAGCAAGUGCAGAACCAGAUGUCGACCCUAUGGGCAUCGAAGGACAAGAAAAAACCCGUCUACAGUGAGCAGUUUAUUCAAGAAAUCCGGCGUCGGCUGGAUGCCUACUUCGGUUUGGUGCUGCACAAUGUUCGAGACACAGUCCCGAAGAAAAUCGGUUUCUUCUUGGUUCGGCAGCUGCAGGACAAGUUGCAGUUUGAGUUGUACAAUAAACUCAAUGACGAGCAGUUGUUUUCUUCUCUUUUGGGAGAGCCUUCACACAUCGUGGAAGAGCGGCGGUCUCUUAUGGCCCAAUUGAGCACUCUGAAGAAGGCUGCGGCUGUGCUACAGCGUGAUCCCCAAAUUGCAGGCAAGCAAAACACCGAUAUCUGCUUUGAUGUUUUGCUGCUGCUUUACUUCCCCCUACUCCGUGGUGCUCAUGCGUGUUUGUCGCUAUCAGUGGCCCCGUCACCUUGGUGCGCCUUGAACUUCGACACGAUCGACGCCAUGUUCGACUCGGACCUUCGUGAGCUGCAGCGCGGAGCUACAGCGCAGCAGCAGCUUGGAAGCUCGCCACCCUCGUCUGGGCCGCAGCAAAGAGCUUCCCUCCAGCAGCCACAGCAGCAGCAAAUGAGACAGCAACAGCAACCGUUGAGGCAGCAACAGGGAACGGGUCGCGUCUCAAACGGGCCACCACCUCCCUCGACGCAAACCGGAGGUCCGACUGGGAUGCCGGCAACAGGAAACAAUCUGCUGCUUCCCUCACAGCAGCCUCCCGCCCCUGCAGCUGCCACUCAAGAUGGCAGGGCCGCACCCAACGCUCGCCACCUCUUUGAACGUCCAGUGAUGUUUCAGACCGCUUCAAAUCCUCUGUUUAAUGACUGA